UAGGGGGGAGUUAUCCGGAAAAUCGGACAAUGCCUUUUUUGCCAAAAAAAAAUGAAAAGAAAAUAAAAAACGGAGGGGGUCUGCGAAGAAAGGAAAAAAAAUUCCGACACGGUGUGCGAGCUGCAGCGGCGAGGGGGGACGUGGCAUAACAUGAAAGGAAUGACGAAGAUGAAGAGGAGGAGGAGGAGAAUAAGGUCGGGGGAGGAUGACCGGAGAACAGCAGUGAUGGGUGAAGACGACGAGGGCAAUGUGGAGGACGAGGAGGUUGAAGAAGAAAAGGAAAAGGAGAAGGAGGAGGACGGGCACAACGCCGAAAAGGAUGAGGUAGGGGAUGACCGCGACAAGGAUGAGCAUGAGGAGGGGGAAGAGAGAGGGUGGGGACUGCGAGCAGGGAAGGAAGCGGGAGCGGGAUUGGAAGCGUUGGAGGAGGAGGAGGAGGAGGAGGAGGAGGAGGAGGAGGAGAAGGAGGCGGAGGAGGACGAUGAGAACGAGGACGAGAAUGAGGAGGAGGAGGAGGAGAAGGAGGAGGAGGAGGAGAAAAAGGAGGACGAGGACGAGGACGAGGACGAGGACGAGGACGAGGACGAGGACGAGGACGAGGACGAGGACGAGGAUGAGGACGAGGAUGAGGACGAGGUCAAGGAGGAGGAGGAGAAGGACGACAAGGAUGAGGAGGAGGACGAGGAGGAGGACGAGGAGGAGGAGGAGGAGGAGGACGACGAGGAGGAGGAGGAGAAGGACGACGAGGACGAGGACGAGGAUAAGGACGAGGACAAGGACGAGGACGAGGACGAGGAUGAGGACGAGGAAGAGGAGGAGAAAAAGGAGGAGGAGAAGGACGACGAGAACGAGGACGAGGAGGAGGGGGAGGAGGAGGAGGAGGAGGAGGAGGAGGAGGACAACGAGGAGGAGGAGGAGGAGGAGGACAAGAAGGAGGAGGAGGAGGAUGACGACGAGGACGACGAGGAUGAGGAGGAAGAAGAGGAGGAAGAGGAGGAGAAGGAGGAUGAGGAAGAGGAAGAAGAAAAGGAGAAGAACGAGGAGAAGGACGAGGAGAAGGACGAGGAGAAGGACGAGGAGGAGGAGGACGACGACGAGGACGAGGUGGAGGAGGAGGUCGACAAGGAUUAGGAGGAGGACAUCAAGGUAGAAGAA